AUGGAGCAAACUUUUAUGACCAUUCACAACCUCACACAAGAUGCAAAUAUCCUCUUUGCGUCUGAAUCCAUUACAGACAUUCUUGGGUACCAACCGGCUGAGGUGCAAGGAAAGUCGUGCUUCGACUUCUUCCACCCGGAAGAGGAGCCCUCUGCUCGCUCCGUUCACAGCCGUGGCGUGCUGCUUGACAAAGCUGCCGUGCUACAUUAUGCCCGUCUCCUGACGCGUGAUGGCCGCUGGAUCGGCUGUGAGUGCUGCUUCACUAUCGUCCAUGACGUUUUGGUAGCAUGCGUGAGCAUCUACCACAAAGGAGCCAAGAGCAAACGCCGAGCAAUCGAAGCGCCGCAGAUACGGCGCAUAUUUUCUUGCUCUCCACGCGACCCGCGCUACCGCAUGCUGGAGCAUCUGUCGCCUAAGUUCAAGAUGUCGCCCGUGGAACGGGAGCCAAGGGCCGCCCUCAUCGUGAACCGCUUCACUCGAAAUCUGACCAUCAUGUUCGCGACCAACGCAACUGCGGCAAUUCUUGGCCUACGGCCCGACCAGCUCAAAAACAAAAGCUUCUACCGCUGCAUACAGGAGAGCUGUCUGUCUGAAGCUAUCACAUGCCUGGAAAGCGCCAAAGCCAAUGACUCGAUUGCGUAUCUCCGCUUCAGCUUUCAGGACCCGAGGGACGAUGAGGAGCUGGAGGCCGAGGCCGAGAGUGGAGUUGUUCUUGUUGACCACGAGGACGAGCUGGAACAGCGCCUACCCACAACAGGCCGCAAGCAGUUUGAUGUCGAUAUGUCUAUGGACAUUGACUCGGACAACGGCAGCACGGACAUAUUUCGGAUCAAGACGGAGGAAGAGGACAAACCGCUUUCGAUGCCGACUGUCCCUCUUAUUAUGCAGCCUCCGAUCGGGUUUAAUAGGCUAACACCGCGGCGGGCCCAGCGACUUCCGUCAGUCGAGUUGGAGGCCGUUGUUUCGUGCACCUCGGACGGACUGGUCGUCGUGCUGAGAAAGGCGCGGCCUCCAAUACCACCUGCACAUCCACCUCUUGUUGCGUUCGACUAUGGCGACGGGCUCUUCGCCGCACCAUGGGCCCAGCACCCAAUAAGGCCGCAUUUUCCAGUAGAAUCCCUCUACACCUUCCGGCCCCCCCUGCUACCACAGUACAUGCCGUUGAGAGAGAAUGUCAAAGAUGCUGGUGGACCGCCCUUGGACGUGCUGAUGGGCUCCAUUCGGGAUGUAGCUGUGAUUGCCUGGAACAUUGGCACCCACCCGGCCAUUGCGGCAUACGGACGUGGCCUUCCAAGCAGCGAUGCACGACAGAAUCAGCAGGGAGACAGUGAUGCCGGUGUCGGCAGUGCUAGCGGCACUAUGCAGCCAAGAAGCAUAAACAAGGGAAAAGGACCAGCCGUCCCUGAUGCACUCUACGGCCACGCCUAUGCACACGACGGCCGACUCAACAGUUACAGCUGCCGAGCCGAUCAAUCAUCAGCACUCCCUGACCGACGGGGAUCGUGUGGCAUUCCAUCCAGCUGGACAACACAGGUUGAUAGUGCUUCUGUGGGCUUUGGGACCUCGCCGCCCAGCCCAGCCUCCUUCGAGCACAUGCGUCCUCAGCUUCGACCACACAGCACCCUUGAAACACAUCCCACUGGCGGCAUCACUUUGUACUACGGAUCUCCGGGAGCACAAAGUGAGGCUGAUGUACUACAGCCUGCAUACGGUGUUCACAUUUCAGGUCCUCGCCCGGACCUUGGCAGCUCGACCGGAGACCACUACCACAGGUGGGGCUGA